GUGGCGACGUGCGCGCGCGCGGAGCGAGCGAACGCAUCGGUGGCGAGCGAAAAGAUCAAGCGCGGCGCGAGGGAGUUUAUCAGAGGCGACGUCAGAGGCGCGAUCGACGCGUUCGACGACGCCAUCGCGAGCGAUGAGAGGUUUAGCGCGUACAUGUGGCAGCGCGGGCUGGCGCUGUACUACGCGGGGGCGUACGAGGAGGCGGCGAAGCAGUUUCGACUGGACGUGGCGCAGAACCCGAACGAUACGGAGGAGAGCGUGUGGUGCUUCGCCUCGGAGGCGAUGGAUCCGGAGAAAGGGAUCGCGUACGCGAGAGAAAAUAUGUUGAUCACCGGUCGGGAUUCGAGACCGGUGAUGUCGAGCGUUUUCGCGCUGUUCGCGGAGGGAUCGGAAGAGGCGGCGACGCGCCUGCGCGAAGCCGGACGCUCGAACGCGAGCGAUGAGUUUUAUAGCGCGUUAUAUUUGGGGUUAUUUUAUGAGAUUAAUGGUGACGAGGAGCGCGCUCGACGAGAGAUCGAGCGCGCGAAUCGCACGGCGUACGCUCGAUUGAGCGGGGAUUACAUGACGGAUGUGGCUCGCGUGCACGCGAAGACGAGAAGUUGGUCAUAG